AUGGUAUUUAACGAAGCAGGCAUUGUGGAUUUUGUCGCCAUCCGCUCAUCGCCGGAUGGCGCUUGGAGACCAUUACCAAUAAUCGUGUACGGCUCAGACGCAGCCUCGGGCCACAUCCAAGGGAGCCAACGCAGUCGUUACAUCCUGCAUCCUGCGCUAGACAUAGCGACUGAUGAAGUUUGGGGGCUCUGGUUGGUGGGAUACCGAGAUUGUCAAAUCUCCCGGAUCAAAUACCUCCCACGAGUAUCAACUCAGCCGACACUCGUUCAAGAUACACGGAAGAGUAAAGAUGGGGCGGCUGAAGUGCGCAAUGACAUACUCGUACAACCCUCGCCCGUGAACGGACUACAGAACCCCUCGGAUUUGAGCCGACGCCAGUCUAGUGGUAGUAACACGGGGCAGAGGUCUUAUGCAGCCAUCUGCCUUGUCAAGUCCGCAUCUAUCGGGUACGUUGUAAAAGUGUGGAGGGCCGGCUUGGGAGAGGACUAA